CUGCUCUGCUCUGCUCAGGUCAGAGCACACAGAGGCGCGGCAACAGAGAGGAAAGCUCGUGUGCCGAGCAAGAAGGCACGAGGAAGCUGAAAGGAGAACGAGUUCGGGAGGGAGCCGGUCGGGUAACAAUGGCUCUGCUCCCGCUCUUCCUCUCGCUCCUCCUCGUGUCGUGCGCUGCGCAGUCGCCAACCUCGUCACCGUCGGCGUCGAAGGUUCCUCCGGUCAGCGCCUCGGCGCCGCAGGCCUCUGUCGCGCCACCGACCACGGCGGCCUCGGCGCCUCAGGCCUCUGUCGCGCCACCGACAAUGGCAGCCUCGGCGCCGCAGGUCUCUGCCGCGCCACCGACAAAGGCAGUCUCCGCGCCGCAGGCCUCUGCCGCACCACCCACAACGGCAGCCUCAGCGCCAAAGGCCUCUGCACAGCCACCAACAACCGUAUCCGCGUCGGCGCCGCAGGCCUCUGCGCAACCGCCAACAACAGUAGCCGUGUCGGCUCCCAAGGCCUCUGCCGCGCCGCCAAACCCAGCGGCCUCCGCGCCGCAGGUCUCUGCCACGGCGCCAACUACAGCAGCCUCACCGCCGACCACCGCUGCCUCGCCGCCACAGGUCUCUGCCGCACCUCCUACCACCGCCACCUCGCCGCCACUAGCCUCCGCUGCACCGCCGACCACGGCCGCCUCUCCGCAGCUGGCUGGCACGUCACCUCCCGUUGCCUCUCCGCCACUACUAGCCGCCGCGUCUCCCGUCUCUGCAUCCCCUCCAGCCACGUUACCUCCGCUCGCAUCGCCACCUGCGGCCACGCCGCCUACCGUGGCCGCGCCAGCGCCCGCGAUGCCGGCUCCAGUGGCCUCCCCGCCCCUGGCAAUGCCACCGGCGUCGCUUCCUCCAUCCACCCUCCCUCCAGCAAUGGCUCCGACGCCGCUUCUCGCUGCCCCGAUGAUGCCGCCCACCGCCGCGCCCGUCACGGCUCCCGCUCCAGCCCCCGUGUCCCCGGCUCCGAGCGUCGCCCCGACCCCGUCGCCCACGCUGGCGCCGGAGCUGGCGCCCGCGCUAGCGCCUUCGCUGGCGCCGUUCAGCUCGGUGUCGGUGAGCCCGACGCUGGCGCCGGGCCCCGCGCUCGCUCAGGAGGACGACUCGGCGGCGCCGAGCGCGCGCGCCGGUGGCGCCGCCGCGCUGGUGGCCUUGGCUGCCGCCGGGCUCGUGGUCUUGUUCUAAGUAGAGCUGCGUUUACCGUUGCCUCCGUACUGCCCGUCGCACGAUCUCGUUCUCAUGUUCGCGUUUUAUGGUUGCAUGUAUGAUUCUUGCUGUACAACACAUUGAUAAUUUAUUUCUAUUUACGCAUGGACGGACGGCUUGCUUUUCUUU